AUGAGGACCUAUGGCCGACUAGGAAGAGCUGAAAGGUCAGUGUUUCUCCGGAAAGCGUGCGUAGCGAAUUUCAGCGACGAAGAAGCCGUAUCUGAGUCGUUAUCCAGCGAUGAACGUUACGAAACUAUCACACCUAAAACAAGCAUCGAUGUCAGGGUAGAAAGCGACGAUCUGAAGCCCUCGCAGGACACUUGCGUGCCAGAAUAUCCAAAAGCCCCAGUGCAAUUUGAACUGCUCGAUUUUCUGGACCAGCCGCCCUGCAAAAAACGCAGAAGAACGCGCCAAGCAAGACCAGACGCGACUGGCGACGACAUCGACUGCGAUUCACAGGAGACAUUUUUCUCGAGUCAGGCCGAAAAGAGUUUCCAGAGCACCAUCGAUGAUGCCAAUUCGGUGCUGUUGCAGCUGGGAGGACCGCUACAGGGGCCCAAAACUGAACUUGCAGCGCUUGACACUGACCCCGUUGUUUCAGGGUCCCAGAACUGGCCUGGUGCAGAUCUGGCCUCUAAAAAGCUAUAUGGGAAGACAAGGACAAUUGUGCAACAUGCAGAUGAUGAUGACGACGUGCUACCAGACGCUGAGGACGGGUCCUCGGACACGGUAGAAUGCUCUCAGUCCACGCAGCACUUCAACCAUUUGCGAGCUAUGGGAGAAACCUUGAAAUAUCAGGACGACUUGGAAUUCACACUCCAGGUAAGUCUCCGUUCAAAUCUGGACACCAGAAUAUCGAGUGUCUUGGGUUUGGCGUUGAAUUUAUUAAACGACGCUGGAUUUCUUGAUUAUGCCGUGAAACAUUGUCAAAAGGAAGUGUGGGAAUGGUGUCUGAGGCUUCUUUUAGACUCCAAUGUUCUGUUGUUGCAUGCGGGCGCGUUUGUUCUUUAUAAGCUGGCCCUGAAGCCCGACCACUCACUCUGGGGCGAGAUGGAUUUUCCUACAGUGAUUUUCCCACUAAUCCAACAAACGCAAGUCGCUACGACGGACGACUGUACUGAGCAUGUCAAAGGAAGCUACGACGAGUUUUUGCUACUCACCAAUAGAAAGCCAGGUUUGUUUUACGGCCUAAAGCUGUGGAAUCAUUGUUUGGAUCGAGAGGAAAGCUUAGAUGAAGGUGCGAUCGAUGCCAUUUUGGAAGUCCUGGAGAAAGAUUGUUGUCACACUCCUGACGCCUUGGCUAUUGCCGAAAAAGUACUUUCCAAAAAAGGCACUGACAACGAUGUGUCUCAAUCUAGGUGGUUUAAAGCAUUAUCACAGUAUUGCAGCUCUCAGGCGACUAACCACAGUCUAAUCAAGGCGCUCGUGAAAAUAACAAAUGAUGAAAUCGAGGUUUAUGAUGGCAUGUCAGAUGUGUUUAGGUGCUCGCUCACCUUCAUACUUGUAAACUCUGCCCUCUUGUUUCAAAAUACGCGAGAGGAUCUCAUAGACGUAUUUGUAUUGCAUCUCGGCCUGUGCUUGAACUUGGUGCGAAUUCAGAGUCUCAUGCACCAAGUGUCUGAGGACGAAGUUCAAAAGACGCACGAGGUAUUACAACAACUACUUCGAUCUUCAGACAAAACUCUCCUUCGCGACUUCAAUCAGAACAUGUAUGUCCUGAUAUGCUGCUAUUUUGCGUGUUCAGGUGUUUUGACGUUUCAGCCGGCUGAAACCAAGAUUGUCAGACAUCGGCUUAACGCUUUUGCCAAAGAGAUCGAACCUUUCAACAAAAGCAUUCACGGAAACGUGUUGCAAAUGCUAGAUGCCAUUUCUGUAUAG